AUGGUUAACGUCCGGAAGAUCAAUGCGAUUGCGGAUCAUCCGUUCUCCAUAUACUCGCCAUUUCCCCGUCUAGAUUUUAUCAUCCCCGGAAUCUCUCACACCAUGGAUUCAGACGCAAUCAGACACCUCCGAGGCCCAUCUGGGAUAAAAAAACCAAAUAAACAAGGUCGUCGACCCGGCAAAAUAGCCUGUACGGCUUGCCACGCCCGCAAAAAGCGAUGCGACAUCGCCCCCCCAUAUAAGCAGUGCACGCACUGUCGCAAAGAAGAUCAAUGCUGCAUCCCGCGAGAUUCAAGUGACAGACCUACAAGACCUACUCGCCAACAAAAGCCCAACCGCCACCACAACAGCCAGAAAGCUACUAUAACACACGAACCCCAAUUCCACAUCAACGGCUUUCUGCCAAAAGGAAUCGAUCACGAAAUACCACGCUGGAGUGCGGUGUAUUCGUCCUAUUCUGAGAUACGACGGCUACUGCCUUCUCUCACUUCCGCUUCCCCUUCCACUUCCACUUCCACUUCCACUUCCACUUCCCCGUUCCCUUCACCCGAGAUUGAAGGAGAGAUUGCACACACGCAAACUGCACCAAGCGAGAGAAGGCAGAAUGUGUCUUCGUCGGGGUUCGAAUCUUCGAGGCGCCUUCAGUCUGGUGUUUUACAUAGGGAUUGUGCGGAGGCGAGUUCUAUAAAGGGGAUCAGCAUACCUGUUUCUCGGUCUCGGUCUCGAUCUCUAUCUCCGACACCUGUAGGUGAAAGGGUUGGUUUGGAGAAUGCGGUAGCUCGCGAAGCUGAGAUCCGGCAUAGGGGCCUUGCUUCAGUGGGGGAAGGGAGAGUGCCGAGAGUGCCGAGAGUGCCGAGAGUUCCGAGAGUUCCAGGUGGAGGCCAUGAUGUUUUUAUGAAUGAUCUCGAUGCGUUGCUUAGAUUUUGAUAGUGC